GAAAUAUUUUUGGAGUGAAAGUCCCUAGAAUGGAGAUUGAUAAAAAAAUCCUGUACUAUUUCCAACACCCAUGGUCUCGCCUUGCUGUGGCAUAUUUGGUGACUUUCUUUAAUUUUUUGGUAUUUGCUGAAGAUCCUGUUUCACACAGCCAGACAGAAGCAAAUGUGAUUGUUGUGGGAAAUUGCUUUUCAUUUAUUGCAAACAAGUAUCCUGGAGGGGCUUGGAAUUUUUUGAAAGUGUUGCUCUGGUUACUUGCUAUCAUAACGGGUCUCAUUGCGGGGAAAUUCCUUUUCCAUCAGCAACUGUUUGGAAGGCUGCUACGACUGAAGAUGUUCAGAGAAGAUCAUGGCUCAUGGAUGACAAUGUUCUUCAGUACCAUCCUAUUUUUGUUCAUUUUUUCUCACAUUUAUAAUUUGUGCCUCAUGAUGGCUGCAAACAUGAGUCCCUAUAUUGUGACAGAAUAUAUGGGAAUCAGGAAUGAAAGCUUCAUGAAAGUAGCUGCGGUAGGAACCUGGAUGGGGGAUUUUGUCACUGCAUGGAUGGUUACAGAUAUGAUGCUUCAACAUCAGAAUUAUCCAGAAUGGGGAAAAGCAGUUAGAACAUUUUGGAAACGAGGAAACAACCGGAUUGUCUUGUUUUGGUCUGUACUGAUUUCUUUGACAUCAGUGGUGGUUCUUGUCAUCAGUACUGACUGGAUCAGCUGGGACAAUCUCAAUCGUGGAUUUUUGCCAAGUGAUGAGGUUUCCCGGGCAUUCCUAGCCUCUUUUAUUCUGGUAUUUGAUCUGUUAAUUGUUAUGCAGGAUUGGGAGUUUCCUCACUUUAUGGGUGAUUUAGAUGUCAAUCUCCCUGGAAUGCCCACAACUCAAAUCAAAUUAAAGUUGCCUGUGUGGAAGAGGAUUUUCAAGGAAGAAUACCAUAUACAUAUUACAGGAAAAUGGUUUAAUUAUGGCAUCAUUUUUCUAGUACUCAUAUUGGACUUGAAUAUGUGGAAAAAUCAGAUAUUUUACAAACCUUAUGAGUACGGACAGUAUGUAGGUCCUGGGGAAAAAAUCUACACAGUUGAAGAUCCCAACACACUGAAGGAAUUUAAUGAAACUACCCUGAGUUGGGAAUGGAGAUGUACCAACUAUGAUGUGAAAACCAACAGGACCUUCUGUGAAUAUGAUAUGUUUUUGCACAGCAGGUAUGUGGGAGCUAGCCUGGACGUGAAAUGUCUAGCUUUCAUUCCUAGUUUGGCUGCAUUUAUUCUUUUCGGGUUCUUUAUUUGGCUCUUGGGUCGAUUUCAGAAAAGCGAGCAAGGAAUGGACAACAAAGAUAAAACGUAUAAAAGAAUAAAAAGAAAAUCACCGUCUGAAUAUAGCAAAGAAAUGGGUGUAACUCCAGAAGAUGCAAAUGUUUCACUGAAUGAUGCAUUCAAAAGCAAUGACCCCACGUUGCUUUAUGUGGAAACUAUUACUACAACAUCUGGUGACUCAACAUCCCCUUUCUCAAAUGAAUCGCAGCCAUUGCAGUGCAGUGUCACUGAAAUAGGAACGAAUAACGAGUCCUGCACUAUAGACCAUGAAGACAAUGGUAACCAUCGAUCCUUAAACUGACCAGUACCAUAUACAGUAUAUUCCACCAAAGCCUUCUUUAGAUUUUUGGAAUGCCAGUAAUAUUCAGACAGCUUUUGUUUUUCUUGACUUGAAACAAUAUAAAUGGAGAGUAAAAAGAUAAAAU